CAUCACACAAUAACGUUAUUGUGCGUGAGCCCAGUCCUCUUAUUGUGUCUUCUUCUUCCCGACAACCAGAUCCGGAACCACAAAUUGAAUCGCAACUGGGUAAAGGCCACCGGAAAAAGACACAAUCGGUUAAGCUUAAGGACUAUGUCGUACGCAAAUCGGCAAAGCUUCCGACUAAAGAGGUGAACUGCGUAAUUUCUUAUCCAAUUUCUAAUCACGAUGGGGACCACCAACGGUUUUCAGAAUCACAUGUCGCUUAUAUAGCAGCUGUGAUGUCAGAAAUUGAGCCGAAAUCGUUUAAAGACGCAAUGACAGAUGAACGGUGGCGUAAGGCUGUAGGUUAUGAAUACGGUGCCUUGGAGGAGAAUAAAUACAUUUACGAUAGAAGACUUGCCAAUUGGAAGUCAUUGGGUUUCAAAAUGUCAUCAGACUGGUUUCUUCUCCCUGAAGUUCUCUUGCACAUUAUCUCCCAGAAACUAGAGGACUUUAUCGACGUUGUUCAUGCUCGGUCUGUUUGCAGCUCGUGGCGAUCCUCAUUCCCCUUUCCUUCUUGUUUAUUACGCACACGUUACUCUCUUCCCGCUUUCGCUGAUUACCCUUUCAAAAGCAAAGACUUGUGCACCCUCGAGAAGGUCCCUUUGUCUCUUUUAAGAGUCAAAUCUCCUACGUAUGCUUCUAAGUAUAUGUUGGGAGGAUUAGUUCGAGAUGAUCAUAUGAAGUUUCCAUCUGCUAGUCAGUGCUCAGUGAAAGUGAAGAUCCCAGGUUCUUAUCCAUCCUUGGUUAGCUUGCACGACUGCGAGAUACUCCCUAUGUGGCAACACCAGUACAGAAUGGUUGGCUGGGAUCCUAAAGAAUGUAAUACAUAUUACAGAGGCGUAGCUUGUCUUCCGCUAAACAAGGAAGGAGGAGGAGGAGAAGAAUUCGUUGUGCUCGUCAACUACUUUAAAGUCUUGUUGGUGUUAUCAAGUACGGAAAUGAGGUGGAAGCGGCUUAUGAACAUCCCGGAUUAUCCAUGCACGGAUUUAGUCACUUUUAGAGGCAGAUUUUAUGCAGUCUUUUUUACCGGAAAAAUUGUCUCCAUUGAUCCUUAUUCGCUGGAAGUUAAGAACCUGAUGCCCUCCUCACCUUACAAGACACUAGACUAUCUGAUUCCAUCUGGCGAUGAUGAACUUUUCCUGGUUGAAGCAACUUCGCGAGUAAGUAAGCUAGAUGAGGAGGCUGGUAGAUGGGUCGAGAUCACUGAUUUGGGAGACCAUGUGUUGGUCAUUGGACAACUGGCUAGUGUCUCUUGCUCGGUUAAGAAACUUCCUGAUGGUUGUGGUGUGACUGCAAAAUCAAUUCUGUUCACCAAUCGACCAAGCAAUACAACUGAGACAUCGAUUUCUUUAUAUCCUCAUUAGUCAAAAAAAAAUAUCUGGGGUGAGUGCUCAGCCAUAAGUCUUUGAACAAAUAUAUGGAAGAAGACACUAAGAGAUUCUCAAGAGAGAUUUGUGUGAUCCCCAACACAUAUCUGGGCAGAGUCCUAAGUCAUACCUUAGACAUCUAUUUUUUUUUUUAUUAGUCAAAACAAACUUAUCACAUAAUAAUUUGGUACAAUAGAUCUUGUGCUUCUCAUGUCAUUUUUUUUUUUAUGUUUUUGUUUUAGACUGUCAUCAUGAUUCAUGACCUUGUC